GAGAGUUCUUGCUUGACACACCAGCACCAACAGAGCUAUUGUCGUGGGAACUUUCGUUCCCAAAUUUUAAAGGUUUUAAUUUUCCCUGACGCUAUUUCUUGACCUUGUGGACACCGUGGAGUGCCUUGGCGUUUGGCAAAUAUGGAUCCCAGCGAAGAGGAUGGGACCACAGGAGGUGGGGGAGGUCUGGAGACGGUGGUAGCUGUCGCUGAUGUUGGGCUAGUUGUUCGGCAUCUCCUAAAAAUUUCCUAUGCCCUAUUGGAAGAAGGUGAUGAACCAACGAUUGAGCUUCAGUCAGCCUUCAAAGCUUCACAUCAUUUAGAAGCUGUUAGGAAGUUUGUGAGUGACUCACAAACAAGAGUACUUCUGGUUCAGAGAUGCGCUACCAAAGAAGAAACAGAAGAAGGAGGAGAGAUGGAGGAGGAAAAAGAAGUCAUUUAUAUGAUUUCUAUUGGUGUCCACUAUGCCAACAGCAAAAUGAGCAGUAUACUGUUCAUCAAGAGAGCUGCUGUUAUUGAGGCUGACAAGAACAUACCAGCUCAGGUUCGAUCGAUUACAAUUAGUGAAGGCUCUCCAUAUGAAACACUGCAUGCCUACAUUGCCAGUGCAGUUGCGCCUUUCUUCAAAUCAUAUGUCAAGGAAUCUGGCAAAAUAGAAAGGGAUGGUGAUAAAAUGGCGCCCGCAGUGGAAAAGAAGAUUGCCGAGUUGGAAAUGGGCCUUCUUCACUUGCAGCAGAAUAUUGACAUACCAGACAUUUCACUCCCUAUCCAUCCUACAGUAGCACAGGUUAUCAAAAAGUGUGCAGAUGAAGGAACCCGGCCCAAAGUUGCAGACUUUGGUGACAGAGUUGAGGACUCGAAUUUCCUUAACCAGUUACAGAAUGGUGUAGCAAGAUGGAUCAGAGAAAUACAAAAGGUCACCAAGCUUGAUCGAGAUCCCUCAAAUGGCACUGCCCUGCAGGAAAUAAGUUUUUGGCUCAAUCUAGAAAGAGCUCUGCUGAAGAUUCAGGAUAAGAGAGAGAGCUUGGAAGUAGCUCUAACCUUGGAUGUUCUGAAGCACGGGAAGAGAUUCCAUGCUACAGUUUCUUUUGACACAGACACAGGGUUGAAGCAGGCUCUUGCUACAGUCAAUGAUUAUGCACCUUUGAUGAAGGAUUUUCCACUAAAUGAUUUACUGGCAGCUACUGAAUUAGAAAAGAUCCGCUGUGCUGUACAAGCCAUAUUCAACCACUUGAGAAAGAUCAGGACCACCAAGUACCCAAUUCAAAGAGCUCUGAGGCUGGUGGAGGCAAUUUCUCGUGACCUGUCCUCACAGAUUCUGAAGGUCUUGGGAACGCGCAGAUUAAUGCAUAUCCCAUUUGAAGAGUUUGAAAAAGUUAUGACCCAGUGCUUUGAUGUGUUCAUGACCUGGGAUGAUGAAUAUGAGAAACUCCAAGGGCUUCUCAGAGAUAUCGUCAAGAAGAAACGAGAUGAGCAGUUGAAGAUGGUUUGGAGAGUAUCCCCUGCCCACAAGAAGCUACAGCUACGAAUGGAGCAAAUGCGAAAGUUCAGGAGACAGCAUGAGCAGCUUCGUACCGUAAUAGUUAGAGUCCUUCGGCCAACUGUGGUGAAGACCACAACACUAGCAGAUGGGGACACUGCUGAACUUAAACCAGAAAUGGAUGCUGCAGAUUUGAAUGCAAUUGAAGAAGUUAACCUUGCCUAUGAAAAUGUGAAAGAGGUGGAUGGCUUGGAUAUCACGAAGGAAGGAACAGAAAUGUGGGAAGCUGCUCUCAAGCGCUAUGAUGAGCGUAUUGAUCGAGUUGAGACUCGAAUCACUGCACGACUCAGAGAUCAGCUGGGAACUGCCAAAAAUGCAAACGAAAUGUUCCGCAUUUUCUCGCGCUUCAAUGCCCUUUUUGUGAGGCCACACAUUCGGGGUGCUAUAAGAGAAUAUCAGACACAGCUUAUCCAGAGAGUCAAAGAUGACAUCGAAUCUCUCCAUGAAAAAUUCAAGGUGCAGUAUCCACAGAGCAAGUCAUGUCGUAUGAGUCACGUGCGAGAUUUACCCCCAGUAGCUGGUUCCAUCAUGUGGGCAAAGCAAAUAGACAGACAGUUGACAGCAUACAUGAGACGAGUGGAGGAUGUUUUGGGAAAAGGAUGGGAGUCUCAUGUUGAGGGGCAGAAACUGAAAGGUGAUGGGGAUUCAUUCCGCCUGAAACUCAACACUCAAGAAAUCUUUGAUGACUGGGCUAGGAAGGUACAACAGAGAAAUCUUGGUGUAUCAGGAAGGAUUUUUGCCAUUGAAAUGCAUCGUUCAAGAACAGGAAAAGGAAAUGAGUACAAGUUAAAAGUCAAUUUCCUUCCAGAGAUCAUCACACUUUCUAAAGAGGUGCGCAACUUGAAAAACCUUGGUUUUCGUGUUCCAUUAGCCAUCGUGAACAAGGCCCACCAGGCAAACCAGCUCUAUCCGUUUGCUAUAUCCCUUAUAGAGAGCGUCCGAACGUAUGAGAGGACCUUGGAAAAGCUGUUGUCGCGGGGUGGACCAAACAGCCCUGCUAUCAAAUCCUCAUCAUUGAUGGAGGAUAAGACCAAUAUUUUGCUCCUUGUUGCUGGCAUGCGAAAAGAGGUACAGGGGCUUCUGUCAGAGGGUAUGUCAUUAGUUUGGGAGUCAUAUAAGUUGGACCCCUAUGUUCAACGUCUUGCAGAGUGCAUCUUCAACUUCCAAGAAAAGGUUGAUGAUCUCUUAGUCCUGGAGGAACAGCUUGAUGUUGAUGUGAGGUCACUGGAUGUCUGUCAGUACUCGCAUUCAACAUUUGCUGAGAUUCUCAACAAAAUCCAGAAAGCAGUAGAUGACUUGUCUUUACAUCAGUACUCCAACCUUCAUAUUUGGGUUCAGCGUCUAGACGAACAAGUGGAGAAGAAGCUGGCUGGCCGUCUCCAGGCUGGUAUCCAAGCAUGGACCGCAGCACUUCAGGGUCAGAGACAGAAAGAUGAAGAUGUUGACAUACCAAUGGACACAGACACUCCUGACAAGCCAACUCACAAACCUGGAGGGGAGCCCAAGAUCAACCAAGUAGUUCAGGAAGUCCGCAUAACCAAUCAGACGAUGUAUAUGCAUCCCAACAUGGAAGAGGCUCGUUAUCAGAUCAUGCAGCAGUUCUUCAGUUGGCAAGCUAUUGUUACCAGUCAAAUUCGUAUUCAGAGCACCAGGUAUCAGGUUGGAUUGGAUCGACCAACAACAGAAGUUUACAGAAACUUACUUGUGAAACUCCCCAGUGACCACGAAUACCUAAAAGAAGCUUAUGAUGCUGUUGACAUGGUGAUAUUUGAAGUGUCAAAUUAUGUCAAAGAGUGGUUGCAGUACCAAGCUCUUUGGGAUCUACAACCAGACCACCUGUAUGGACAGCUGGGUGAAGAUGUUGCCAAGUGGAUGAAGCUCCUGCAAGAUAUCAAGCAAUGUAGAACCACAUUCGAUACAUCUGACACGAGGCGCAGUUUUGGCCCAAUCGUUGUGGAUUACACCAAAGUCCAGAGCAAGGUUUCUCUGAAGUAUGACUCAUGGCACAAAGAUGUUCUUAGCAAGUUUGGCCAACUUCUUGGCCAAGAAAUGACACAGUUCCAUGCUCAGGUGUCCAAGAGUCGCAGUGAACUAGAACAGCAGAGCAUUGAUGCAGCCAGCACCUCCGAUGCAGUCACACUCAUUACUUAUGUACAGUCACUCAAGCGAAAGAUGAAGUCUUGGGAGAAACACGUAGAAAUGUACAAGGAAGGUCAGAGAAUACUUGAACGCCAAAGAUUCCAGUUCCCCAAUCAGUGGUUGCAUGUGGAUAACAUAGAAGGGGAAUGGGGCGCCUUCAAUGAGAUCAUCCGUCGAAAGGACUCUAGCAUUCAGACUCAGGUGGCAUCUUUGCAGUUGAAGAUUGUUGCAGAAGACAAGGCAGUUGAAUCACGUACAAAUGACUUCCUCCAGGACUGGGAAAGAGGAAAGCCAGUGGAAGGCCAUGUGCGUCCAGACGAAGCCUUGCAGAGACUACAGCUCUACGAGAGCAAGUUCACUCGACUUAAAGAUGAUCGUGACAAUGUGGCUAAAGCUAAAGAAGCCCUUGAAUUACAGGAGCCUGGAGCACUUAACACCUCAGAGGACAGGAUGACAGUUGCUUUUGAAGAACUUCAGGAUCUGAAGGGAGUCUGGGCUGAACUUGCAAAGAUCUGGGAACAGAUAGAUGAACUGAAAGAGAAGCCAUGGCUCUCAGUACAGCCAAGAAAGUUGCGUGCUCACUUAGACCAGCUGCUGACUCAGCUGAAGGACUUGCCAGCUCGAUUGAGACAGUACUCUAGCUAUGAGUAUGUGAAGAGGCUGCUCCAGGGCUACACUAAAGUCAACAUGACCAUUGUGGAACUGAAGAGCGACGCUCUUAAGGAACGUCACUGGAAGACCCUGAUGAGACAGCUCCACGUCAAUUGGAUCCUGAAUGAUUUGACACUGGGUCAGGUAUGGGAUGUUGAUCUACAGAAGAAUGAACCCCUCAUCAAGAAUGUCAUCAUCACAGCUCAGGGAGAAAUGGCGCUCGAGGAGUUCUUGAAACAAGUUCGUGAAUCUUGGCAGAACUAUGAGUUGGACCUGAUCAACUACCAGAACAAGUGCAAGUUGAUCCGUGGAUGGGACGACCUCUUCAACAAGGUGAAAGAGCAUAUCAAUUCAGUGGCUGCAAUGAAGCUCUCUCCAUACUACAGAGAGUUUGAGGAGGAAGCGUUAACUUGGGAAGAGAAGCUGAACAGAAUCAAUUCUCUGUUUGAUGUCUGGAUUGAUGUCCAGCGCCGCUGGGUCUACUUGGAAGGAAUCUUCUCUGGAUCUUCUGACAUCAAGGCUCUAUUGCCUGUGGAGACCUCACGCUUUGGAAGCAUCAGCACAGAGUUCUUGACCUUGAUGAAGAAAGUCAGCAAAUCUCCCAUGGUAAUGGAUGUUCUUAACAUCCAAGGUGUACAGCGGUCCUUAGAGCGUCUGGCUGAUCUCUUAGGCAAGAUCCAGAAGGCCCUCGGAGAGUACUUGGAACGAGAGAGAUCGUCCUUCCCCAGGUUCUACUUUGUUGGAGACGAAGAUCUGCUGGAAAUCAUUGGCAACAGUAAGAAUAUUCCCCGACUGCAGAAACACUUCAAGAAGAUGUUCGCCGGUGUCACAGCCAUCAUUCUGGACGAGAAUGACACAGUUGUCACAGGUAUUGCGUCCCGUGAAGGAGAAGAGGUGUGCUUCAACAAAGUUGUCUCUACAGUUGACUAUCCCAAAAUCAACGAGUGGCUCUCUCAGGUGGAAUAUGAAAUGCGAAUGACCCUGGCACAGAAUCUUGCAGCAGCUGUAGCAGACAUCAAGCAGUUCAAGCAUGGCCCCAUAGAUACUCCAAGUUAUCUUCAGUGGUGUGAUAAAUACCAAGCUCAGUUGGUGGUUCUUGCUGCGCAGAUCUCGUGGAGUGAAGAGGUUGAGGCUGGACUCUCGGCUGCUAGUAAUGGUGACAUGGGACCUCUCCAGCAAACAUUGUUACAGGUGGAAGCUACAUUAAACAUCCUGGCAGAUUCAGUUUUGCAAGAGCAGCCUCCUCUCCGACGUAAGAAGUUGGAACACUUGAUCAAUGAGUUUGUACACAAGAGGACAGUCACACGUAACCUGAUCAAGAAUGGUGUCAACAGCCCCAAGUCCUUUGCAUGGCUCCGGCAGAUGCGUUUCUACUUUGAUCCUAAGCAGACUGAUCCUUUGAAGCAGCUCAGCAUACACAUGGCCAAUGCCAAGUUCAACUAUGGCUUUGAGUACUUGGGAGUACAAGACAAACUUGUUCAGACACCUCUCACUGACCGGUGUUAUUUGACCAUGACACAGGCUCUUGAAGCAAGACUUGGAGGCUCACCCUUCGGUCCUGCUGGUACUGGCAAGACAGAGUCUGUGAAGGCACUUGGUAAUCAACUUGGACGGUUUGUGUUGGUGUUCAACUGUGAUGAAACCUUCGAUUUCCAAGCCAUGGGCCGUAUCUUUGUAGGUCUUUGUCAGGUAGGAGCAUGGGGUUGCUUCGAUGAAUUCAAUCGACUUGAAGAAAGAAUGUUGUCAGCUGUGUCACAGCAGGUACAGACCAUUCAGGAGGCCCUUAAGGAUCAAGCAGGUGCCAAGACAGGCGCACAAGUCUUGAGCGUGGAACUAGUAGGAAAGCAAGUCAAGGUGUCCACAGACAUGGCAAUCUUCAUCACCAUGAACCCUGGCUAUGCUGGUCGAUCCAACCUUCCCGAUAACCUGAAGAAGUUGUUCCGUUCAUUGGCCAUGACUAAACCAGACCGACAGCUCAUUGCAGAAGUGAUGCUUUUCAGUCAAGGCUUUAGGUCUGCUGAGAAGCUUGCCAGCAAGAUUGUACCCUUCUUCAAGCUAUGCGAUGAACAGCUGUCCAAUCAGUCUCAUUAUGACUUCGGUCUCCGAGCCUUGAAGUCUGUGCUCAUAUCAGCAGGUAAUGUGAAGAGAGAUCGCAUUCAGCGGAUCAAAGAGGACCUGAAGAGCCGUGACGAAGAGAGUAUUGAUGAGGGAGCAAUUGCUGAAAAUCUUCCAGAACAAGAGAUUCUCAUACAAAGUGUCUGCGAGACAAUGGUGCCCAAGCUUGUGGCAGAAGAUAUACCUCUGCUCUUCUCAUUGCUGUCUGAUGUGUUCCCUGGCAUCGAGUACACUCGUGCUCAGAUGACAGGUCUGAAAGAGGAAAUCAGGAAGGUGUGUAAAGAACAAUUCCUUGUUUGUGGGGAAGGUGAGGAGCAAGGAUCGCACUGGAUGGAGAAGGGGAGUUAUCCCGGGGAGGGCUGGUGUCAGAAGGUUCUUCAACUGUACCAGAUCAGCAACCUCAAUCAUGGCUUGAUGAUGGUAGGCCCAAGUGGCUCUGGCAAAUCAACAGCAUGGCGUGUCCUUUUGAAAGCCUUGGAACGCUUUGAAGGUAUUGAAGGUGUGGCCCAUGUCAUUGAUCCAAAGGCCAUGAGUAAAGAAGCUCUGUAUGGUGUCCUCGAUCCGAACACGAGAGAAUGGACAGAUGGCCUUUUCACACACGUUCUCAGGAAAAUCAUCGACAAUGUUCGUGGUGAGAUUAACAAGAGGCAAUGGAUCAUUUUUGACGGUGAUGUUGACCCUGAAUGGGUUGAGAAUUUGAAUUCUGUACUCGAUGACAAUAAGCUGUUGACAUUACCCAAUGGAGAACGGUUGUCCAUCCCUCCCAAUGUCCGCAUUAUGUUUGAGGUCCAAGACCUCAAGUAUGCUACGCUGGCCACUGUCUCUCGUUGCGGUAUGGUUUGGUUCUCAGAGGACGUCUUGUCUGUCGAGAUGAUCUUUGAAAACUUCCUUUCUCGUUUGAGCAACAUUCCUGUGGAGGAAACUGAGGAAGAUACAGCAUUCAUGAAGAAAACAGAGAAGAAACAGGAUGAAGAUGAAAUCUCUCCUACACUGAGAGUCCAACGUGAUGUUGCAGCAAUUCUGUCACCUCACUUAACUCCUGAUGGUUUAGUGGUGAAAUGCCUGGAGUAUGCUACAACAAAUCUCGAGCACAUCAUGGACUUUACACGCAUGCGAGCAUUGUCAUCGCUGUUUGCCCUCUUGAACCAGGCUGUGAGGAAUGUCGUGCAGUACAAUACCACACAUCCAGAUUUCCCCAUGCAAUGUGACCAGCUUGAAAGGUACAUUCCAAGAUGUCUUGUGCAUUCCCUACUUUGGAGCUUUGCAGGAGAUGGCAAGUUGAAAGCAAGGACUGAUAUGGGAGACUUCAUACGUAAUUGCACCACGAUUCCAUUACCACCAAGCACAAACAACCCUAUCAUCGACUACGAAGUCGCUAUCAGUGGAGAGUGGCUGUUAUGGUCAGGGAAGGUGCCUAGCAUGGAAGUGGAAACUCACAAAGUUGCAGCGCCAGAUGUUGUUGUGCCCACUGUUGAUACUGUCAGGCAUGAGGCUUUACUCUACACAUGGUUGGCUGAGCAUAAACCCUUGGUACUCUGUGGACCUCCUGGUUCAGGAAAGACCAUGACACUCUUCUCAGCUCUCAGGGCUCUGCCUGAUUUGGAAGUAGUUGGGCUCAAUUUCUCUAGUGCAACAACCCCUGAAUUGCUACUCAAGACCUUUGACCAUUACUGUGAGUACAGAAAGACCCCCAACGGAGUCAUUCUGUCUCCGGUGCAGCUCGGCAAAUGGCUUGUUGUCUUCUGUGAUGAAAUCAACUUGCCAGACAUGGAUAGGUACGGCACUCAGCGAGUCAUCAGUUUCCUUCGUCAGAUGGUUGAACACGGUGGAUUCUACAGAGUGUCAGAUCAAGCUUGGGUUAGGCUAGAACGCAUCCAGUUUGUUGGUGCUUGUAACCCUCCCACUGAUCCUGGGCGAAAACCUUUGUCACAUCGCUUCCUGCGACACGUGCCUGUUGUGUAUGUUGACUAUCCUGGUGAAACUUCACUUAAGCAGAUCUAUGGUACUUUCAACAGAGCAAUGCUUCGCAUAAUCCCAGCUUUAAGAUCGUAUGCCGAUCCUCUCACCAAUGCCAUGGUAGAGUUUUAUCUUCAGUCUCAAGAGAGAUUCACUCAAGACAUGCAACCCCACUACGUGUACUCACCGAGAGAAAUGACAAGAUGGGUGCGAGGAAUCUGUGAAGCAAUAAGGCCCCUUGAGACACUGGACGUAGAGGGUCUUGUCAGGUUGUGGGCACAUGAAGCCCUUCGCUUGUUCCAUGACCGUUUGGUAACAGAUGAUGAAAGGAAGUGGACCAAUGACAACAUUGAUGCAAUUGCACUGAAGCACUUCCCGAACAUAGACAGAGACGCGUCGCUUUUGAGACCAAUUCUGUAUUCAAAUUGGCUGUCGAAGGAUUACCUUCCUGUGGAACAAGAAGAGUUGCGAGACUAUGUGAAGGCUAGACUUAAGGUCUUCUAUGAGGAAGAAUUAGAUGUUCCUCUUGUCUUGUUCAAUGAAGUCCUGGAUCAUGUACUGCGUAUUGAUAGAAUUUACAGGCAGCCACAAGGUCACCUUUUGCUUAUUGGAGCCUCUGGUGCUGGCAAGACAACACUGUCACGAUUUGUGGCUUGGAUGAAUGGUCUUUCGAUAUUCCAGAUCAAAGUGCACAAUAAAUACACUUCAGAGGACUUUGAUGAAGAUCUUCGAUCAGUUUUGAGACGGUCAGGCUGUAAGAAUGAAAAGAUAUGCUUCAUUCUUGAUGAAUCCAAUAUGCUGGACUCUUCAUUCUUGGAAAGAAUGAACACCUUGUUGGCUAAUGGAGAAGUACCUGGUCUGUUUGAAGGUGAUGAGUACACAACUUUGAUGACGCAGUGCAAAGAGGGCAGUCAGCGAGAAGGAUUGAUGCUGGAUUCAAGUGAAGAGUUGUACAAAUGGUUCACUGGGCAAGUUAUGCGUAACCUCCACGUAGUGUUUACCAUGAAUCCAACCAUUGAUGGUCUUAAGGAUCGUGCUGCUACAUCACCUGCUCUCUUCAAUAGAUGUGUCCUCAAUUGGUUUGGUGAUUGGUCUAAUGGUGCUCUCUUCCAGGUUGGCAAGGAAUUCACUAAUCGUAUUGAUCUUGAGAAGAUGAACUGGCAUCCUCCAGACUAUUUCCCAGUAGCUUAUGAAAACCUACCCAUUCCGCCCACCCACAGGGAUGCCAUCAUCAAUGCUUUUGUUCACGUACAUCAGACACUCCAUCGUGCCAACUCUCGCCUUGUAAAGCGAGGAAGCACAGUUACAGCCAUUACCCCAAGGCACUACCUGGAUUUCAUCAAUCACUUUGUCAAGUUGUUUAAUGAAAAGCGAUCAGAGUUGGAAGAACAGCAGUUGCAUCUUAAUGUUGGUUUGGGUAAGAUUGAUGAGACUGUAGAGCAAGUUGAAGAAAUGCAGAAGUCUCUUGCUAUCAAGAACCAAGAGCUGCAAGCAAAGAAUGAUGCUGCCAAUCAGAAGCUUAAGCAGAUGAUAAAGGAUCAGCAGGAAGCAGAAAAGCAAAAGGUUGCCAGUCAGGAACUACAAGAACAACUUGAAGCACAAGAAGUGGGUAUCAAAAAGAAACGAGAAGAGGUUAUGAAAGAUCUUAGUAAAGUAGAACCUGCUGUACAAGAGGCUCAAAAUGCUGUGAAGAGCAUUAAGAAGCAACAUUUAGUGGAAGUGAGAUCAAUGGCUAACCCUCCACCUAUGGUCAAAUUGGCUCUAGAAUCCAUUUGCCUUCUCUUAGGUGAAGCUACUUCAGAUUGGAAAGCCAUCAAGAGUAUCAUUAUGAAAGACAAUUUCAUCAAUACUGUUGUUAACUUCAAUACAGAUGACUUGCAAGAUGACAUUCGAGAGAAGAUGAAGAAUAAAUACUUAAGUAAUCCUGAUUACAACUUUGAGAAGGUGAACCGAGCUUCUCUUGCUUGUGGCCCUAUGGUGAAGUGGGCAAUUGCUCAGAUUGAGUUUGCAGACAUGUUGAAGAGAGUGGAACCACUAAGGAAUGAGCUGAAGAGUUUAGAAAACCAGGCAAAUGAAAACAAGAAGAAGCAUCUUGAUGUCAAAUCUCUCAUUAACCGUUUGGAACAAUCAAUUGCUGCUUACAAGGAUGAGUAUGCUGUUCUUAUAUCCCAGGCACAGGCAAUUAAGACUGAUCUUGAAAAUGUGCAGGCUAAAGUAGAUCGUUCCAUGGCUCUCAUUCGCAAUCUCAGCAUAGAGAAAGAUCGCUGGACAGCCACGUCUGAUACAUUCAAGUUCCAAAUGUCAACCAUCAUUGGUGAUGUUCUUCUCUCCUCUGCCUUUUUGGCUUAUGGAGGAUACUUUGAUCAACAGUUCAGACAGAAUCUGUUCACUAAUUGGUGCCACCAUCUGCAGCAAGCCAAUAUACAGUUCCGUAGCGAUAUUGCUCGCACAGAGUAUCUGUCUAAUCCUGAUGAAAGGUUAAGAUGGCAAGCCAAUGCCCUUCCAGCAGAUGAUCUUUGCACUGAGAAUGCCAUCAUGCUGAAGAGAUUCAAUCGCUAUCCAUUAAUCAUCGAUCCUUCAGGUCAAGCUACGGAAUUCAUCAUGAAUGAGUUUAAGGACAAGAAAAUUACCAAGACUAGUUUCCUGGAUGACUCAUUUAGAAAGAAUCUGGAGUCUGCACUUCGAUUUGGUAAUCCUCUCUUGGUCCAAGAUGUUGAGAACUAUGACCCCAUCCUGAAUGCAGUAUUAAACCGUGAACUGAGGAGGACAGGAGGACGUGUUCUUAUUACUCUAGGAGAUCAGGACAUUGAUUUGUCUCCAGCAUUCACAAUCUUCCUUUCAACACGUGAUCCAACCGUGGAAUUCCCUCCAGAUAUCUGCUCUCGCGUCACGUUCGUUAACUUCACAGUCACCAGAUCAUCUUUGCAGGCACAGUGCCUCAAUCAAGUCUUGAAGGCAGAACGUCCAGAUAUUGAUGAUAAGAGAUCUAACUUGCUUAAAUUGCAAGGUGAAUUCCAGCUUCGCUUGAGGCAACUGGAGAAGAACUUGCUUCAGGUGCUGAAUGAUGCCAAGGGUCAGGUUCUGGAUGAUGAUUCCGUAAUUACUACUCUAGAAACACUGAAGAAGGAAGCUACAGAUAUCUCUCUUAAAGUACAGGAGACUGACAAGACAAUGAAUGAAAUUGAGAUGGUUUCUCAGCAGUAUUCUCCCCUGUCAUCUGCUUGUUCAAGUAUUUACUUCACCUUGGAUGCUCUCCAUCAAGUGCACUUCUUGUAUCAGUAUUCGCUUCAUUUCUUCUUGGAUGUCUUCAAUGAUGUUCUGUCAAACAAUCCAAACAUCAAAGAUCAAACCGAUUAUUCUUGUAGGCUUUCCAUCAUUACCAAUAAUCUAUUCCAACUUACAUAUGCUAGAGUUGCUCAAGGUAUGCUUCAUACUGAUCGCCUUAUCUUUGCUGUGUUGCUGGCACGCAUUCGUUUGCGUGGCGUCACAUCUGAAUCCUCAUAUGACUCAGAAUUCCAGUUCCUUUUGAAGAGCAAGGAAGGACUUCUAAAUACUAAUACCUCUGCAGUUGCUGGACUUACUCCUGAACAAACAGAUUCUAUGCUAAGAUUGAGCAACAAAGUCCCAGCAUUUAAGAACGUAGACAGAAUUUUGGAUGGAGCUGAAUUCCAAACAUGGCUGGAGUCUGCAUCUCCAGAGCUGAGCGUGCCAACCAUAUGGGAGACAGAGAAGCAGUUGACACCAAUUGGUCAGUCAAUGUACCAGGUGCUUGCCAUCCAAGCUUUCCGACCAGAUAGACUUUGUGCGGCUUUGAGUAUUUUUGUAAAUAAUGUACUUGGAGAUAGUUUCAUGGGUGUUGGUGAACGUGAGGUGGACUUAUCAAAUGUUGUUGAAACAGAAGUGAAAGCCAACACUCCCAUUCUUAUGUGCGCUGUUCAAGGAUUUGAUGCUUCUGCAAGAGUUGAUGACUUGGCUGCCCAGCUAAACAAGCCUAUGACAUCAAUUGCUAUUGGUUCAGCUGAGGGCUUUAGUGAGGCUGACAAAGCUAUCAAUUCAGCUGUCAAAAAUGGAAGGUGGGUGAUGCUGAAGAAUGUUCAUUUGGCUCCAUCAUGGUUGGUGCAACUGGAAAAGAAGUUGCACUCCCACCAUCCACAUCCUCAGUUCAGGCUGUUCCUUACCAUGGAGAUUACACCUCGUCUUCCUGUAAAUCUUUUGCGAGCAGGAAGAGUCUUUGUCUUUGAGCCCCCACCUGGUAUUCGUGCUAAUCUUCUUCGUACAUUUAGUACGGUCCCAGCCUCACGUAUGAUGCGUGCACCAAGUGAACGAGCUCGACUCUACUUUAUUAUGGCCUGGUUCCAUGCAAUCACCCAAGAACGUCUACGAUAUGCUCCCUUGGGUUGGGCCAAGUACUAUGAGUUUAAUGAAUCUGAUUUGAGGGUUGCAUGUGAUACUUUGGACACCUGGAUUGAAGCUACGGCUAUGGGACGUACCAACUUACCACCCGAGAAAGUCCCAUGGGAUGCAUUAGCUACUCUGAUGUCAGAAUGCAUAUAUGGUGGAAAGAUCGACAAUGAAUUUGAUCAGCGCUUAUUGAGUUCCAUUCUCUGCAAACUGUUCACACCAAAGAGCUUUGACCCUGAGUUCCCAUUGAUUUAUAAUGUAGAUGGUAUCGAGAACAAUAAUAUUACUAUGCCAGAUGGUAUUAGGAGAGACCAGUUCUUGCACUGGGUAGAAAACCUGAGUGAUCGUCAGACUCCAUCUUGGUUGGGACUUCCUAAUAAUGCUGAAAAAGUACUCCUUACUACGAGAGGAACUGAUAUGUUGGGCAAAUUGUUGAAGAUGCAAGUACUUGAAGAUGAUGAUGAGUUAGCAUAUGGUGGAGAUGAGACUCCAGGAACAGAAAGGAAAUCAGUAGAGGGUCGCCCUGCCUGGAUGGUGACACUAACUCAAUCAGCCUUAACAUGGCUGUCUUUACUGCCUGAGGCAGUGAAUACUUUACGCCGUACAUUGGAUAACAUCAAGGACCCUCUGUAUCGCUACUUUGAACGUGAAGUCAAUUCUGGAGCAAGACUACUGCGCAUUGUUAAGAGCGAUCUAAAUGAUGUAGUUCUUAUUUGCAAGGGAGAAAAGAAGCAAACUAAUUAUCACCGUAACAUGGUUAGUCAGUUGGUCAAGGGAAUAAUACCAGAUCAAUGGAAAGCAUACACAGUACCAAGAGGAGCAACCGUCAUACAGUGGGUCACUGAUUUCUCCCAGAGAGUCAGACAACUACAAGAGAUAUCCAAACAAGUGGCUCAGUUUGGAGCAUCUGAACUUAAGAAUAUUACAGUAUGGCUAGGAGGGCUGUUCAAUCCUGAAGCAUACAUUACAGCUACAUGUCAGUGUGUUGCCCAAGCCAAUUCUUGGUCAUUAGAGGAGCUGUCUUUGGAAGUAUCCAUUGCAGACAUGGAGGGCCAAGUUACUACAGCUGGUGGCUUUAGCAUCAAGGGCUUGAAAUUACAAGGAGCACAGUCCAAGGAUAAUUGCCUCUUCCUCACCCCAACUAUUUUGACGGAGUUACCACUUGUGACCCUCAACUGGAUUCGGCGAGAGGGUACCGACAACCACAAAAUAACUCUCCCGGUUUACCUCAAUGCAACACGAACAGAUCUGUUGUUCACUGUAGACCUGAAGAUGAUGGCAAACCAAAGUGCCCAUAGUUUCUACGAAAGAGGUGUUGCACUUUUGGCCUCCACUAAUUUGAAUUAAAGUGGAGUUUGCAGAUUUAUUUAAGCUUUUAAAUCCAGUUUCAUAAUUGUUAUUAUUUUGGCAGCAACAUUGGCUUUAAACUAAGUUUUAAUUAUGAUGGUUUAUAAGAUACAAUAAAUAGGUUUGUUCAA